CCAGGGGGGGAAAGAGCAUCCAGGUGACACCAGCUCUGCUCUGAUAUCUGCUGCUGUCAGGAUCCUCGGAGAGAAACCAUGGCGGUUAAUAAGUGUGUCAAGAAUCUGCUCUUCCUCUUCAACCUGCUGUUUUGGGUCUGUGGCUGCGUCAUCCUUGGAGUUGGGAUUUACCUGAAGGUCACCAAAGGUGGAAACAAGAUUACAGAUCAAUAUCUUCCGAGUUUCGACCUCAUGAUCGCCAUUGGGGUGAUCAUCAUGGUGAUCGGCUUCCUGGGCUGCUGCGGCGCCUACAAAGAGAGCCGCUGCAUGCUGCUGGUGUUCUUCAUCUUCCUGCUCCUCAUCUUCGUCCUGCUGCUGACAGCUGGCAUCGUGGCAGCAGUCGGGGAGGGCAAAGUGAAGGACUGGUUGAAGGAGAAACUGGAAAAAUUCACCCCAAUUUCAAGCCAGGAGCCGGACGUGAUUGCCGACAUGGAGAAACUGCAGCGUGAGCUCAUGUGUUGUGGACUCAUGAAGGGACCAUCAGACUGGACAAAAGUCCCAGAUUCCUGCAAGUGCAACGCCACUGCUCCAGCUGAAGUGUGCAACGGUGGAGUCUAUAAGGACCCCUGCUACGACAAACUCAUCAGCUACAUGAAGGACAAUAUGGUGGUGGCGUUGGGAAUCGCUUUCGCAGUCGCCGCCAUUCUGGUCUUCGGCAUGGCCUUCUCCAUGAUGCUCUUCUGUCAGAUUGGGAGGAAAAAUGCAGCCGACACCGCCUGAGUCGCCGCCAAUCAGCUGCACUUUCCUCAUAACUCCCACAACACAACUAAUGCAGUUUAUUCUAAGCUUUUAUUGUGAAGGAGCAUGUUACUAUAUCUGCCAGUAUACAUAUUGUGAGACGUUAAUGGGGCAGGAAAGAUAAUUUAAAUAAAUAAAUAAAUAAGUAAAUGGUUGUUUGUUCUGCUCAAAUCUGUUUUUUUUUUUUUUUUUUUGUUUGUUUUUUGGUGAGAAUAAUCUCUUAUGUGAAAUUUUUCAAAAGUAUAGAACAGUUUUUAUUUAAAUAGCUGCCUCAACUUUUUUUUAUUGCUAACACUGAAGCAAAACCAAAGUUAAUUGGAUUUCAAACUUUUUUUCUUUGUAUUUUUUUUAUCAAAACCCCUCAUCCUCAGCUGGUUAAAUUUUUAUUGCAUUUUAACUUUUUUUUUUUUUUUUACUGGGCAGUACAAGGCUUCCGUAUAUUAUUUCUCAGGAACUUGUACAGGUCUGUACUUUAAAAUCUACACUGGCUUGUUUUUGAUUGAAUGAUUUUAUCCAUCCAGCUAUGUAACAUAAAAUGUCUGUUUUCUAUUGAAGAUAAAUAAAGAUACAUACAAAUAAA